AAAGAAAUCGAAGUGUGUUAAUCAUGCUGAUCAGCAAGGGCCAGGGAUUCCUUCACUUUGGUGUGUGUCUCUGGUUGUAUAUAUUCACACCUGUCUUGAAAGGCUGCGGAGGUUGUGCAUCGGAGGAGAGACUCUUUCACAAACUGUUUUCUCAUUAUAACCAGUUCAUCAGGCCUGUGGAAAAUGUUUCAGAUCCUGUCACAGUGCAUUUUGAAUUGGCCAUCACACAGCUGGCCAAGGUGGAUGAAGUAAACCAGAUCAUGGAAACCAAUUUGUGGCUACGUCACAUCUGGAAUGAUUAUAAAUUGCGCUGGGACCCAAUGGAAUAUGACGGUAUUGAGACACUUCGUAUUCCAGCAGACAAGAUCUGGAAGCCUGACAUUGUUCUCUAUAACAAUGCUGUUGGUGACUUCCAAGUCAAAGGCAAGACAAAAGCUCUUCUGAAAUACGAUGGCAUGAUAACCUGGACUCCACCAGCUAUUUUUAAAAGUUCCUGUCCCAUGGAUAUCACCUUUUUCCCUUUUGAUCAUCAAAAUUGUUCCCUGAAAUUUGGAUCCUGGACAUAUGACAAAGCUGAAAUUGAUCUUCUGAUCAUUGGAUCUAAAGUGGAUAUGAAUGAUUUUUGGGAAAACAGUGAAUGGGAAAUCGUUGAUGCUUCUGGCUAUAAGCAUGACAUAAAAUACAACUGUUGUGAAGAGAUAUACACAGAUAUAACCUAUUCUUUUUACAUUAGAAGAUUGCCAAUGUUUUACACCAUUAAUCUGAUUAUCCCAUGUCUUUUUAUUUCAUUCCUAACUGUGUUGGUCUUUUAUCUUCCUUCUGAUUGUGGUGAAAAAGUGACACUUUGCAUUUCUGUUCUGCUUUCUCUGACUGUGUUUUUACUGGUGAUCACAGAAACCAUCCCAUCAACAUCACUGGUGAUCCCCUUGGUUGGGGAGUACUUACUCUUCACCAUGAUCUUCAUCACUCUGUCCAUCGUGGUGACUGUGUUUGUGUUGAACAUACACUACCGCACCCCCACAACACACACUAUGCCCAAGUGGGUGAAGGAGGCUUUCCUUCAAUUGUUACCCCAGAUCUUGAUGAUGAGGAGGCCUCCGGACAAGCUAAGGGAGACAAGUACUGAUAAAAAAGCCAAAGGCAUUUCCAGUAGGCCAGCCAAAGUCAAGUUUGAUAAUCACAGAGAGCCCAGAUUUCUUAAAGAAUGCUGCCACUGCCAUAAGUCAAGUGAGCUUUCCACCAGCAAGAGAAGGUUAAGUCAUCAGCCUUUACAAUGGAUGACAGAAAAUUCAGAGCACUCACCGGAAGUUGAUGAUGUCAUUAAUAGUGUUCAAUUCAUUGCAGAAAACAUGAAGAGCCAAAAUGAAACCAAGGAGGUGGAAGAUGACUGGAAAUAUGUGGCCAUGGUAGUGGACAGAGUAUUUCUUUGGGUAUUUAUAAUUGUCUGUGUGUUUGGAACUGCAGGACUAUUUCUACAGCCACUUCUGGGGAACACAGGAAAAUCUUAA